AUGGGCUCUACUAUUGACAGGGUGUUGGGGACAUCGAUGUUUAAGACCAAGAAGUGGCUCCCACCAGAAUGCGUGGUGCCCAAGAGCAUGGGCAUAUUUCUUUGGAUGUCGCGGGCGUUCGGCAUCGCUCCGGUACGACUCACGGCCAAACCGGACGGGUAUGUCGUCCGGUUUUCGAAAAGCAUUUGCCUCUAUGGAUAUGCUAUAAUUUUCACAUUCGCACUCAUCACAAUGUUAGCUCUAGGCUUUGAUUUGGCGAUCCCUCUGGGAACAACACGCACGCCAUCAGAGACAAGACGAGUAAUGUGGGUGAUAGACUUAGCCGUCGUGACGAUUAUCGCUAUAGUGGGAGGGUAUCAAGCGCCUGCGCAUAUGAGAAGACUCAUCGUCUUCGUGAAUAGAGUGCAACAGAUUACGUCUGAUCUGCAUGCUUCGUCCAAGUGCCCGAAGUCUUCAGACGAUAGAAUGUACUGUUGCGUGGUCUUCGCAUUAAUAUUCCUCUUCACGGUCUUGUUUGGUGAUUUACUCAGUUACAUUUAUAUUGCCAUAGAAAAAGAGGAGCGAGUGUGGGUCGCCGUUAUGUACUCUGGUUACUACUGCAGCAACGUCAUCACGCGGCUAAUUAAGGUUCAGUUCAUGCUGACGGCUACUUACGUCCUCUCCGCUUUGAGACUUAUCAAUUUCAAGUUAAAUAACUUACAGAAAAAGUAUGAUCAAUAUCACGUCACCUCAGUGGGAGAGUCAGACGCACAAACUAUUCGCCAUCUCUGUCUCUCCUACGGCGCGGUAUGCAAGAUAAUAAAAGAGAUAGACAAGAGUUACGGCACCGUUCUACUGUUGCUCCUCGGAAUGAUGUUUCUCCAUUUGAUCGUCACUCUAUACUACAUUAUAAACGACAUCAUAGGCAUUGAUUCCACCGGAUAUGACAAGUUUGAGACGUUCACCAAACCGAUACUACAGGCAAUAUGGUGUACGUUCCACACUUGGAACUUGUUCAUGAUUAUCGAACCGAGCCACAAGACGCAUGAAGAAGUGGAGAGAACAAGGGAAUUGAUAAGUCAGUUCAUGUGCACACUACCGCUGCAGAUGAGCGAACCGCUGCAGAUGGAGCUAGAGGUAUUCGGCAAGCGGCUGCUGUUGGACUGUGUGGCCUACUCGCCACACCAGGUCUUAACCCUGACAAGGUCUUUGGUUGUCACGAUCUUCGGCAGCAUGACGACAUAUUUAGUUGUAAUAAUAGGACUGUAA